AUGUCCAGAAUGUUCAUGAAGUUUUCUGGUUUCAAGCGGCGCAGAAACAGCAGAAAGAAGCUGAAAAGUACAUCGCGAUUGUUCCUGGGGUUGGGGAAAAGAAUGAGACGACUUGCUAAGAAGAAACGCCGGAAGUCAAUGCUGAAGAACACCUCUCGAUUCAUGAUGAGGUUUAAGGCCAGCAAAAAGAGGAAAAAGGAGAAAGAGGCCAAAGAGAAAGCGGCAGCAAAUGGGGGGAGGAAGCCAACCUAUAUGCUGCUUCGUCUGGGUGGAUGGAAAGAAUCAAAUGAAAAGAAGGGGGGCUUUUUCAAAGGCUUAUUUGGAAAAAAGGAUGGUGACGGGCCAGCUGAUGACUUCAAGAACAGAAGUCUGUUGCUGGGUAAGGUUGCAGCAGCAACUAAUUGGCUCACAAAACGCUUUCUGUCAACUAAAAUGCGAGGAAAUUCAGGACACCAUGGCUGGGGGGGACGUAGAGCACACACCCGACAAGCCAGCUCCAGAGGUUAUCUCCGUGCUUACCAUAACAAUGGUUAUGAGCAUGGGGAGGAAGCUUAUGGAUGUGACCAGCGUCAUUCAAUCCGCCAGAAAGGUUAUGGAGACACUUACGAUGUUUAUGGUGGUUAUAGAGAUGAGGCAGCUGCGGCAUAUAGAAACCAGGGUCAGUUUGCUUACUAUGACAGUGGAGCAGGGGGAGCAGACUAUCAAGACCUGGGUUACUAUGAGGAAGAAGGGCUUCAUGAUCCAAAUGCAGAAUAUUAUGAAGGCGGUCUUUACGAUGAGGACAUGGGGGACUACUAUUACCCUUAUUCCUCUGCCCAAGGCUGCUUUAACAACCAGGAAGCUGAUUACUAUGGUUACCAGCAACAACAGGCAGUGGAAAUGUAUGGUGACGAGGGUCAGGACUAUUAUGCACAAAUGGCUGAGGAUCAUAUGUAUGGAGGAGCAGUAGAUGGAUUCCUUGACCCUCAGGCUCAGGAUUAUUAUGAUGAAAAUGGUGAAGGAGUUUACUACCGUGAUGCACAAGGGGGUUACUAUGACAAUGAACAGGCAGGUUAUUAUGAGGACCAUUAUGCAGCAACUAUGGGAAUGCAAGGGGAAUUUCAACCAGACUAUCAAUAUAGCUAUAGUGAUGCUGGUAUGCCCUACCAAGACCACAGCUCCCAGCAGGCCAUUGGAUUCCCAACAGGUGGCCAGCAGGUCUUUGGUUUUGGAGGGCAGGGGAUGGAUCAGGUACAGGGCCUGUAUGGGGACCAGUAUGCAGAACAAUUGGAUCAAUAUGGGGAUGAUACCGGGGGAGUUCAGGGAGGGGAUAUGACAUUCAGAGUUCCUAGACCUCAAGUACGCUUGUUUGGGAAAGAGCGUCUGGAUGUGCCCCUGCCCCCUCCACCUACUUUGCCACCUGAUCCAGAAUUUGAAGACAUGUCAGAAAUCCAGUAUGAAGACCAGAUUCCUCUUGCGCCAGGUCAACCUGGAGACAUGAUGUCAUUGCAGCCGCAAACGGCAAUGUCACCACAACAACAAAGGAUGAUGUCUCCUCAAGAACAAAUGAUGAUGGCCCCACAGAUAAUGUCACCACGGCAACAGAUGAUUAUACAACAAGAACAGAAUAUGUCCCACCAAAUGAUGCAAUCAGAUAUUAUUUCACCACAGCAACAAAAGAUGUUACAGCAAGAACAGAGUAUGUCCCCUCAAAUGAUGCCAUCACAGAUGAUGUCACCACGGCAACAAAUGAUGUUACCACAGCAACAGAUGAUGUCUUCACAAAUGAUUUCACCACAGCCGAUGAUGAUGAUGAUGCCACAGCAACAGCAACAGGGUUAUGGUCCACCCUCAAUCCCUACUCCAACUGCCAUGAUAAUUAAGCAAGCAAGUAUGUCGCCCCUUGCUGCGCGCCGUCUGCAACCCUCUCCAACUCCAUCCCACCGCUCUGUUAUCAUGCCCUCCCCACAGAUGCAACGCCAUCCCUCUGCCUUGGCUUCCACAGUACCUUCUCCUAUGCUUCCACAGAGACGAAGCCCCUCCCCACAACCAUCCAUGAGGAGUGGGUUUGUUAGCACCGUAAGACCCCCCUCUGUUAUGUCGAGACAUAUCUCAACUCCUUCCUCCCCCAUGGCGUCCCCCCUUGCCCGUCGCAGAAUGCAACCUCAGAGAUCGCCAUCUCCUCUAACCCGAGGACCCUCACCCCCUCACUCUCCUAGUGCUUCUAUGAUAUGGCAAAGUCCUCCCCUCUCGCCAAGAGCAUCAAUGAGGCAAUGUUCUCCACCUUCCUCACCCCGUUCUUCCAUGAGGAGGCGAAGUCCCCUACCGUCACCCACUCCUGCUCACAGCUCAUUAGGAGGGAGAAGGGUGUUUGGGGCAACCUCUCCUCCCCUCUCCCCUGGUCAUGCAUCUCCCCCUCUCUCUCCACAGCUCAGUAGAAGACCACCCUCUCCCUCUCCCUCUCCUUCUCCAUCUUGUCGCGGUUUAUCCCCUGCAGGGCCCGAUCCUACCCCAUCAUCUCCCACCCUCUCUCGUCGCUCAACUCGGCUACUCAGGGACCCCAGCCCCCUGGCCAGGCCCAGGAUGGGGGGAAAUGUUCCUUUAGGUACUGUCAGACCCUCCCCUAUGGGUCUCCGAGGGCGUCCAGUGCCCCCACCCACCCAGAAUGUGCGUCCAUUCCGUGCCUCCUCUAUAAGAAGCAAUAGGUCUUCUGUUCUCACGGUGGACUCCUCCCUCCACUCUUCCCCAUUCAACUCCCCUCACGUGAUCCACCGUGCUCCCCUGGCGAGGAGAGAGUCUGGCCGAUUUCCUCCUCGCGCCAUAGCUCGAGGACGUCCGGUCUUGGCUCAGCAAUCUAUGAGAAGGAUGCCUCCUGCUUCUCCACAGCCCUCCCUGAAACACAUGCAUCAUCCUGCAUCCGCACACCCCUCUCCUCGACUCUCUCCUCAGCCCUCCCCCCUCCUACCCCCUCGCACUGCCAAUGCACCCACUCAUACACCAGAAAUGUAUGUGCCUGGCUCCUAUGCUGAUCCUUAUACUGAGCAUUCACUUGCCCCCUCUUCUCCCAUGUUAUCUGGUGCUUUGCAGAACCAGGUUAACCGACAAGCCUCUUUCUCUUCACCCCUUGGCCCAGAGGCAGCCCAGGUUGUAGGCAUGAGUGAGAUGGCUACUGAAUAUGUAGAACCUUAUGUUCCCUCAUCCCCUACGCUCUCUGGCGCAAUGCAAAACCAGGCCAUUCGAGAUGCGUCCUAUGUUUCUCCUUUACAAAGACCACUGUCACCUUAUGAACAGCCUAUGCCCCCUUCUUCCCCAAUGCUGUCUGAAGCUCUGCAAAAUCAGGCAGUGAGAGAGGCAUCCUAUGUGUCUCCUAUUCAAAGGCCUCAGUCCCCAUAUACUCCAUCUGUACCUUCAUCUCCCAUGCUCUCUGGAGCCAUGAGACAUGGUCAGGCACUAAAAGGUGUGGCUUCUUAUCAGACUCCACAGCUCCGUUCACCAUACGGUCCAACAGUUGUUACCCCAUACGAUUAUAUCGCUGAGCCUGGUCCAGCACCAUUGCUCUAUGAUGCCCUGCAGAACCGAUCUGAUUUGAAGAAUGUCUCAUCUUUAAGAUCGCCAAUGAUGCAACGCCGUAAUCCAUAUGCACCAGCUAGACCUCAGCUCCACCAUGCAUUACAACAGAACCCAAACAUCCGCCAAGCAUCUUAUCAGACACCUGUGCAACUUAGACAGUCCCCAUAUGGGCCCCCACCACCCUCAUCACCAAUGUUAGGAAGUGCCCUCCAAAACCCACAGUUGAUGCAGGCAUCCUACCGAUUGCCAAACGGAACCUUGGUGUCACCAUAUGCAGAUUCACGUUCCUCCCCUUUGCUCGACCAUGCCUUGCAAAACCAACAACUCCGUGGAGCUUCAUACACCUUGCCUGAUGGGUCAUUUAUCAGGGACCCUCGUGUACCCCAGAAGCCCAUGUCUCCUAACCUUUCCAGAGCUCUUCAGAAUCAGGAUCUUAGGACUGCUUCAUAUACUCUCCCUGAUGGCACCAUUAUAGACCCUAGACAGCAACAACCAAUUUCCCCAAACCUGGCUAAGGCCCUUACCAACCCAGCUCUGCGUGAAGCCUCCUACUCUCUCCCCGACGGUACCAUUGUGAUUGACCCCAGGAAACAGAAGUCCCCAAACCUGGCAGCAGCACUUCAGAACCCUUACCUGAAAAAUGCAUCAUACACCCUGCCAGAUGGCACUAUCGUCAUCGAUCCCCGGAAACCUUUCUCUCCAAACCUGUCCAGUGCCCUUCAAAACUCUUCCCUGCGGAACGCCUCCUUCACUCUACCAGAAGGGGUUCAUGACCCUAAUAAACCCAUCCCACCAAAUCUGGCUAAGGCCCUCAGUAACCCAGCUUUGAAAGGAGCUUCAUACACCCUCCCAGAUGGAACUAUUAUAAUAGACCCAAGGAAACCAAAGAGCCCCACCCUGACAGCCGCCCUGCAGAACCCCUGUCUAAAGGAUGUGUCGUACACUCUGCCUGAUGGAACCAUCAUCAUUGACCCACGGAAACCAGUUGCCCCUGACCUGUCUACAGCUCUUUUGAAUGAGAACCUUCGUAAUGCAUCAUACCGGCUUCCUGAUGGUUCCUUGAUUAUCCCGGGCCAGAGGCCCUCCACUCCCAACCUUGCAGCUGCUCUGAGGCAAAGCCAGGCACUCCGUUCUGCAGGUCUCUUUCAUCUGCCAGAAACCUCAGUACUGACAGGCGCGCCCAAACCCACCCCUCCCAAUCUCGCCUCUGCACUGCAGAAUGAGGAACUCCGUGGUCUAAGUUUCAGGCUGCCAGAUGGCUCUCUUCUCACACGUCGGUUCCACAACCCCAGCCUGUCUGAUGCCAUCCAAAACCAACAGCUUCGUUAUGCCUCAUACAGGGUGCCAACAGGCCUGCAGGGCGAGGAUAAUCGCUAUGCUGUGGUUCCUCCCUAUGGGCCGUGCUCAGGCCACUGGGCCAGGAAUGCCCAAGGAGGAGGGGAAGGAGGGCAGGACGUUUGGGCAGCUGAGAGGGUUUUACCACAUGGCACGGUACAGAAUCUGUCAAAGUGGUCCAUGUACAGAGAAGACGGCAUUUUAGAAGGAUAUUCCCCCACUCCUCGAUUUGUGGACGGACAGCCUCAGGACCCAGACUGGACUCCUGACAGAGAUAGAGCACCUGGUCAAAGCUGGUAUGACAAGAUCUUCUCUGUCCUAAGCAUGCCCACAACAGGCUACAGGGUGAAGCGCUGGGUGGAGGGAAUGGAGGACAUGACACAGCUGCCUGAGCUGAAUGAGACCACAGUUCUGAUGAACCUGAAGAAGCGCUACGACCAGGAAUUCGUCUAUACCUACAUAGGCAGCAUCCUCGUGUCUGUGAAUCCCUACAAGUUGCUCAACAUUUACGGCACAGACAUGGUGCUUCAGUAUGAAGGCCGCGGCCUGUGUGACAACCCUCCUCAUCUUUUUGCCAUUGCUAAUCUGUCAUAUACCACCAUGAUGGAUGCCAAAAAUGACCAGUGUAUUGUGAUCAGCGGAGAAAGCGGGUCAGGAAAGACUGAAGCUACUAAACUGAUCCUGCGUUACCUGACAGCUAUACAUCACAAACGCAACGUCACACAGCAGAUAGAGAUCCUGGAGGCCACGCCCCUUUUGGAGUCCUUUGGGAAUGCCAAAACAGUGCGCAACGACAACUCGUCACGCUUUGGCAAAUACACGCAGAUCUACAUGGAAGAGGGUGUAAUCAGCGGUGCCAUAACGUCUCAGUACCUGUUGGAGAAGUCCCGCAUUGUCUUUCAGGCCAAAUCGGAGAGGAACUACCACAUCUUCUAUGAGAUGUUGGCUGGUCUUCCUCCUCAUGAGAAGCACUCACUUUAUCUGCAGGAAGCUGAGACUUACUACUAUCUGAAUCAGGGAGGGGACUGUACCAUAGAGGGGAAGGAUGACGGGGAGGACUUCAGGCGUCUGCUGAGUGCCAUGGACAUCCUUUGUUUCACCCCAGAGGAGCAAAACGGCAUCUACAGAUUGCUGUCCUCUGUCCUUCACCUGGGGAAUGUCUACUUCCAGCCACACCAGGCUGAGGGUCAGGAGGUCGCGUCAGUGGUGAGUGCGCAGGAGAUCAGGGUUGUCGCUGAGCUCCUGCAGGUCUCGCCUGACGGUCUGCAAAAGGCUGUCACUUACAAACUGAUGGAUACAGUACGGGAGAAGAUCUACACUCCACUCACAGUGGAGAGUGCUGUGGAUGCCAGAGAUGCUGUUGCCAAGAUCCUGUAUUCGCUGCUGUUUAGUUGGCUGACAGAGCGCAUCAACGGACGGGUCUACCCCCGCAACGAAGCCCUCUCCAUCUCUAUACUGGACAUAUAUGGAUUUGAGGAGCUACAGGUGAACAGUUUUGAGCAGUUGUGCAUCAACUACGCCAAUGAAACUUUGCAGUUCUACUUUAACAGGGUCAUCUUCCAGGAGGAGCAGGAGGAGUACAUGCGGGAGCAGAUUGAGUGGCAGCAGCAGCCUUAUAGCCACAACCAGGCCUGUCUUGACCUCAUUGCUGCUAAGCCUCAUGGGAUACUGCGCAUACUGGACGACCAGUGCGGUUUCCCUCAGGCAACAGACCACACCUUCCUCCAGAAGUGCCACUAUCACCAUGGAAACAACCCGCUGUACGCCAGGCCAAAGAUGCCACUGCCAGAGUUCACCCUGAAACACUACGCUGGGAAGGUCACUUAUCAGGUGUACAAAUUCUUGGAUAAGAACUUUGACAUUGUCCGCCAGGAUGUUUUAGACCUCUUCAUCCAGAGCAAGAACAGAAUGGUUUCCAGCCUCUUCUUGAAGCACUCAGAGUGUGUGUCUCAGCAGCGGUCUAAUGUUCGACGCAGCAGCACGGCGCGUCGUUAUCAGGCCAACACGGUCAGCGCAAAGUUUCAGAGCAGCCUGCAGGAGCUGCUGGAGAAGAUGGAGAGGUGUAACCCUUAUUUUGUGCGAUGCAUCAAGCCAAACCAUCAUAAGGAGCCAGGAGUGUUUGACAUGGAGCUGGUCAGCACUCAGCUGCAUUACUCUGGUAUCAUGGAGACCAUCCAUAUCAGGAAGGAGGGUUAUCCAAUCAGAUUGCACUUUCACAGCUUCCUAUCAAGAUACAAAGCUCUGCUCUGCCUGAAGGAUCUUCCGCCUGCAGACGGAGAGAACUGUGUCAUGGUGCUCUAUAAACUCGGCCCGGUAAAAAACGGCUCGUAUCAGCUGGGGGUCAGUAAGAUUUUCCUGAAAGAAGAGUUGUAUCAGCUGUUGGAGGGGAAGCGUGAUCGUGUGCUGAACAUCGCUGCCAUGACGCUGCAGAGACACACGCGCAUGUGUUUUGUCCGAAAGAACUUUGUCAAGUUCAGGCGCCGUGUGAUCCUGUUUGAAGCUCGCUGCAAAGGCCACCUGGCCAGGAAAAAGUUUGCUCUGAGGAGGAAGUACCUGAUCAGGUUCCGCUCUGCCGUGCUGCUCAUCGUCAACCGCCGGCGUUACAUGAGGACAGUGGUGGAGCCGGCAAGGAAGGCGGAGGAGGAUCGCAUCAAUAGAGAAGUGGUGAAUGUGACAACACUGCCGAUCCCUGCUGAGCUGGCAGCCCUGCUGCAGGCGGCCUCAGGUGGUGAAGAGCUGCAUUCUGACUGCUUGGCUGUGGUCCAGGCUCCAAAGGUACAGGUUGACCCUCAGCUUAUCCUGCCCCUGGAUAUCAACAACUACCUCAUGACACACUACAUUCGGGCCAUAUUUAGGGAGCCAUUGUUUGGGAUGCUGACAGCCCCACUGGAGAGCUCUCUGAUUAGACUAGACGAGGAGCUAAAACAAGGAGCGCUGAACAUUUUUACUCUGAUUCUUAGGUUCAUGGGUGAUCCUAACCUGAAUGGAGCUCAGGAGAAUCUGUUUGGGAACUACAUCAUCCAAAGAGGACUGGCCGAACCCAGCCUCCGAGAUGAGAUCCUGGCUCAGGUAGCCAAUCAGGUGUGGAGGAAUCCUAACAUUUUGAAUUCAGAGCGUGGUUGGCUCCUCCUCUCCUCUUGUCUCUCUGCCUUCCUGCCCUCUCAAAGACUGGCCAAGCCUCUGCUGAAAUUUGUGUCUGACUACGGGCCGGAGGGCUACGACUGUGUGUGUCAGCACCGACUCCUUCAGGCUCUGCAGCGGCUGAACUCCGGGCCACAGCACGUCCGGACAUACCCACCCUGUCUGCUGGAGUGGACCGCCAAUCGCAAGAGAGCUCACACGGUCGUGCACAUACACUGUUUCGAUGGUGUGUCCUUCCUCUGUCCUCUACACUCCUGGACAACAGGAGAAGAGAUGGCCAAAGACAUCUUACAACACAGGGGUGUAGUGGAGGGCCAUCGAGGCUGGUCGGUGCUGCUGAAGGAGUCGGCUCAGUGGGUGGAGCUGGAGGGCUCAGACUACGUUCUGGACUUGAUGUCGGACCUGGAGCUUCCUGCUGGCUUCCCCAAACACAGCAGCUACUUCAUCAUCUCUGCACAGGAACCAACCAGAGUGCGGCCCAAUGCCAGCAUAAGCCUACUGGGUGGUGGGUUUGAAAUAAACAACGGUGUCAUAUCUUUAGCCAUACCUGGCUCUGAUGGACAAGACUUAGAGCCUCAGAGAGGGAUGGAUCGUUAUCUCGACAGCCUGUUUGACCCUGUACUGUCUGACAGAACUGGAGAAGUAGAAUCAGCUCCAGGACUUUCCAGCAGGAUGAAGGGGGCCGGGGGAGUUGGAGGGGGGUGGCAACAGCAGGGGCAGUCCACCGGCCCCCCACCUCCACCUGGAGCUGUGAGAGUCCUCCCUGUGGGAGGUGUGAUGUCACCCCCUGUUGCUGCCGUGGCACCUGUAACACCUGACGCCCAGCAGGCUGUUUUGGCCCAGCAGCAGGCGAUUGUGAACCAGCAGGCCAUCAUCAUGGCCCAGCAGAUGACCAUGCAGGCCAUGGCCAUGGUCAGCAGCCCAGUGUCAAGCCCUCCCACCUCCCCAAUCACAAGCCCUCCUAUGAGUCCCCUUUUCCACCACCCUCCCAGCCCGUACGCCCCUGCCAGCCCAUAUGCUGUCAUACCUCCAAGUCCUUAUGCUAACAUCCCACCCAGCCCCUACGCUAACUUCACUCCCACUCACUACGCUGCAGCAGACAUCCCGCCAAGCCCCUAUCCUCCCAACGCUCAACAGAAACAAACACAACCUCAGCCCCAGACUCAGCCCGAAGCUCAGCCUCAGGCCACCCACCGCAACCUUAAACCUCAGCCAAGCUCCACUAAAACUAACGAAACUGAGCCAACCCAGCCAGAAGCUAACCCUGCCUCUCGGGUUCAGUCAGGUAAGCACAGCGUCCCUCGGAGGAAGGCUCCAGGCAUCCCCAUCAACAAGGACCAACCAGCCAGGAAGUUUGCCCCAGUGGUGACAUCUCCUCUGCCCCCUGCUGGAGAGGUGGUGAAGUACUCGGCACGGAAUUCGUAUCACAUCAUCCCCAGCCAAGAUAUUCAAGAAAUCAUCAAAAGAUACAACUCACCACCUCCCCCGCCAGACCCGCUGCCACCUGGCAAGAGGAGACCAGAGGGGAAGUUUAAGAAGAAGCAAACCCCUCAUGAUGAAGCUUUGCGAAUCCUCAAACCCCAGAUGGACAGCCCCCCUGCUCCACAGCCCAAGCGUCCUGUUGCCCCCUCGCCGUCUGCAUCUGCAGUGAAAGAGGUGGGAUUUAAACCCACCAAGAGUACGAAGACAAGGGCACCCGGUCGUCCUCUCCCUGUACCUCCACCAGUUUCUCGAGAGCUCCCAGUGGAGACAGAGACCCUCCAGACAAAGCUUCAUCAGAGCACCAACGAAGAACACUACACAUACACCAACGUUCCCUGGAGACUGUACCUCAGGAAGGAGGUUUUCUAUCCCAAAGACAGCUACAACAAUCCUGUGGUGCUUGACCUCAUUUUCAAACAGAUAGUGAAUGACACUCUGUCAGAGGCGUGUGUGCGCAUCACCCGGGAUGAAAGGCAGAAAAUGAAAGCUCUUUUCGCUAAACACGGGGUUGAACAGAAUAUGGAUCCAGUGGAGGAGCACGUGAAAAAAACAGUCGUGACGGCGGCUAGGGACACUUGGGAAAUAUACUUCUCCCGGCUCUUCCCUGCCUCGGGUAGUGUAGGAACAGGUGUGCAGGUGUUAUCAGUGUCGCACAGUGGAAUUAAGCUGUUGAAGACCGUAAAAAGCAGCACUGCAGCUCCAGACUACUUCAGAGUCCUACGACCAUACACCUAUGCGGACAUCUUGUUUGUAACCAUCCCAUCUGAGAACGUGCUGGAGUUCAACCUGACCAAUGAGAAGCUGAUCCUAUUCUCAGCCAAGGCACCACAAGUCAAACACCUCAUGGACACCUUCAUCAGCGAGAUCAAAAGGGACUCAGACUAUGUAAUCGCUGAACAUAACUUUGUGACAGACGACCGCUCGAUGCUCAGUUUCCACAAAGGAGACAUCAUCAGGUUGCAGGUUAUGGACGGCCUGAAGAAAGGUUUCAGCUACGGCUGCGUGGUGAGGAAGAAGGUGGUGUUUUUGGAGGAGCUGAAGAGAGACACUCAAGACUUUGGUUGGAAGUUUGGUGCUGUGUUCGGCCGCUCCGGUGCGUUCCCGGUCGAGUGCGUCCAUCCCGUUGCUCCUCCGGACUUCCUGUCGCUGCCGCUGGACCGUACGGCGGAGCCUCGUGGGGGAGCGGGACAGUUUGCUGCGUCAUCAGCCAUCGCUGUUGCCGUGGGGUCCACCAUGGCUGCACAAGAAAUAGAUCAAACAAUUGAGAGAGUUUCUCUUGAUGGCUUUGCUGAUGGAGAUCUGGAUGAGAGGGCCCUGCAGGACAGUAAAUUUGACAUGUUGGAGUUUGCCAAGAAGUACUUCAGACAGGGACCCAGUGGGAAGAGAGAUUCCCUGAAAAGCAAAAGCAAGAACAGAGACUCCAGGGAGCCCAGUGAAAUGAUCAAGUUCUCUAAGACCCCUCUGACCGAGUCUCUGAUAGAGUUCACUGAUCCAGCCAUGAACAGAGUGGCAGCUGAUCUCUUCCUGUCAACGACGCGCUUCAUGGGUGAUUCCCCGUCAAGGGGACUGACAGAACAGGAAGUGGUCAGCACUUUCCUCAAGCUCAUAGGAGAGUUCACCUUGAUGAGGGAUGAGGCUUACUGCCAGCUCCUCAAACAGCUUACUGCUAACACCAGCUCCAAACCUGACAGUUGCCAGCGAGGCUGGAGGCUGCUGUACAUCCUGACCGCUUUCCAUCGCUGCUCCGAAGUCCUCAAGCCUUUCCUAUUGAAAUACCUGCAGCAGGCCUCUCGCUGCGCCGGGGCACAGUAUCAGGGCAUAGCUAAAGCAUGCGAGCAGAACCUGAAGAAGACCUUCCAGUACGGUGGCCGCAUUGUUCCACCCAGCAGCAUGGAGCUGAAGGCUAUGAUGGCGGGACGAAGUUCAAAACGUCAGCUGUUUCUCUUUCCUGGAGGCAUCGAGCGUCAAGUGAAAAUCAAAACGUGCUCUGUUUCCCUGGAGGUGACUGAGGAGCUGUGUUACGAGAUGGGCUUACACAGACUGGAGGCCAUGGAAGAAUACGCCAUAUUUUUAGUGACCAAUAGAGGUCAGAAUGUGCGUCCCCUGAACAAACACGAGUACAUCCUGGAUGUCGCGACAGAGGCCGAGUUAGUCGACACCAACUACAGCUUUUGGUUCAGACGAGUUGUCUGGUCUCAGCCGCUCAAGUUUGAGAACGAGCUCUGUGUCGCGAUGCAUUAUAACCAGAUUUUGCCGGACUACCGUAAAGGCCUGCUAAAUGUUCUUCCACAUGGAAAAGUGAGCGAUCAACAGUUCCACCAGAUCUCCAAGCUGGCGGCUUUGCAGCACAGAGCCAAAGACCUCAUCUUCCACCCCAGCAUACAUGAAUUAUCGGAGUACGUCGCCACACCUCUGUUCAAAAAGCAGCCACCCCAGCAGUGGGUUACCAUGGUGACGCAGCACAUGCAGCAAGUACAAGCCCUGAAUCCGCACCAGGCCAGAGCACAGUUUCUGGGCCUGGUCAGUGCAUUCCCCAUGUUUGGCUCCUCGUUCUUCUACAUCCAUAGCAGCAGUUCCACCACCUUCUAUGCCCCAUGCAUUGUUGCCAUCAAUCAACUUGGUCUCCACUUCCUGCACAAAACUACACAUGAGCCGAUGGCUGUGGUCCCCCUGGUGGAAGCGCAGUCCAGCCGCACCCAGAGGCCCACUGCCGGAAACUGUUACCCGUAUGUAGACCUCACCCUGGGGGACAUGAACACACAACGGGUCAUUCAGCUGCAGCUUGAGCAGGGCCUGGAGUUGUGUCGAGUCAUCGCCAUGCAGGUGGAAAACAUGAUGUCGGUGCGGGAGAAGAGGCUCACCCUGCCACCCAGCGAAAUCACCAUGUUAUAACACAUGCUCAUGCUUAAUUGUAUGCACACAAUUGUAUAAAAUUACACACACAUACAGUACACGUAGAUGAAACCUGUAAAAAUAGCCUACCUCUUCUUGCCUUCAGGUGUUUGUUAUACGUAGCUCACACACAGACGCUAAUAUAAUAUGUGAAUGCAUAGGUGUAAUUGAUUAUUGUACUGCAUGUACUGAACAAAGUGAAGCCUAGAAGCAGUGAAUGUCGAUACUGAUUAAUGUUUCUUUUCAGGUUGACACCUUGAUAAUUGCACUUACUACUGUAAGUUUAAUUUAUUUCACAUUAAAUAUGUUUUAUCUGUGUAGAAGCUGUUAAUGAACCGUGAGGAAGCUUCACAGGCCUGUGCCUUGUCAUUACAAAGUUUUAUAACUGAUAUGUUUUUUAUUUUUUUUAUUACUGCUGUUGACUGUAAAACUUGAUGUUAGUGUAAAACAUUGUUUUGUUCAACCAAUGUUAAUGUAUCAACUUGCUUAUUUUGUAUAAAAUAUUUUAUCAAAAUAAACUAAUCAAUUUUAA